AUGACCUCCUCCAUCAUGGAUGAAAAUUCAAACAUGCUUGACUAUAACUUUCUUACCAACCUCGACCAUGAAGAGCCCGACAUCUUGGACGAGUUUCUCGACCAGCGGGUGUACGAUUCGUUGGGCACCACCACGCCUGUGCCGGUGCAUCUCAAGCAAGAGCCCUCCGAGUUUGCCGACCACCUCUUCGAAGGCUCGCUGUUGACCAACUCCCGUCCCUCCGACAAGAUCACCACUCCUGGCAGCGACUACCUCUAUGUGGACCCCUCGCAGUACCACGAAAGCGCCAGUUCCACGGGAGUAUACACCAGUCCCUACGAGCGCAAGCCCUUCACAGCCAUCACGUCCAAGAACGCGUCGAUAGACGGAGAUCAGCCGGUCGACGAGCUCGACCCUCGCUACCCAGGCUUCAGCUCGUCCCAGUUGUCGGAACACGAUCUCAUCCGCGACGAGUUGGGCAAACUCAAGUUCGGAAACCACUUCAUGAAUCCAUGUCCCGAUAGCUUGGACGUGCCAGAUGCGUCGUACCUCGACUUCUCGCCAGCAGCCAUGGCCAGCCUUCCCUACAAGUUGGAGUUGUUCAACCUCCCCAAGUACUCCCGUGUGGAGACCCAGAUCAAGUUGAAGUUCACAUUAAGCCCCCUUCCUCCUAACGCAUUACUAUACAUCCCCCAGGACUUGAUCUCCAAGAACAAGUUCUGCUUGAACCAGCCGUUGGACUCGUUGAGUCCAAGAGUCAAGGACAACUUGUUCUACUUGGAUGCGUAUGUUUUGACGUCAGACUUGAAGACCUCGUGCAACAUCUGCUCCAGAUGUAUCAAGCGUGAGCAGAAGAGAGCUUCCAGAAUAAAAGCUGGCUUGUCCGAAUCCGACAGGCAGGAGGCUCUUUCCACAAGCAACGGCAACACUCCAACGACCACAGGAAUGGUGAAGAAUAAUCCAAACUCAUGGGCCGAUGAAUCCAUGAUCAAGAAAGCCAUAAUAUUCAACUGUAAAGAAAUCAUGUCCUUCCCUCCUCCAAGUGGCUUGAAUACCGACUUGAGCAAGUCCCUCGAACUUUCUGCAAGAAUCAUCUGUUACUGUCGUCAUCAUAAAGAGUCCAACGGCUUCAAAUUGUUGUUUGUGAUCAAGAACAAGAACAACGAAGUCGUGGCCAAGCAUCUUUCCACACCUAUAAUAAUCAUGGACAGAAAGAAGAACACAUCCAACAAUAAGAAUGAAGAAUCCGUUCCCAACUCGGUAGCUGGUUCUAGCACCAAUUUGAAGGCAAUGAAUGUCGACGUGAAAAUGGAAAAUGAUGAUGAUAUGGAAGAUAAGCAGCCAACAGUGGCGAACAGUAUAGCUUCGAACAACAGCGAUAACGAGUUCAACAACAUCCUGCACCCCAAGACCUCCAGUGUGAGUACGCCUAAUCACAAUCAUAAAGUUGAACCAGAUGUUCAAAUACAACCUCAGACGGAACAAUUAUUGGGACCAUUGGGCCACCCCUUAUCUCCUAACUCUAUUGACGAAUCAGCAUCUGAGCCUCACACUCAAUCUGAAGGAAGAAACUUGAAGCGUAAGAAGUUAUCAGUUGACGAUUCUUUCAACAGUUCCAGUAACCCAAUGUUUAACGGUAGUGUUAAUGGAUUCUCUCCAAUGAGUAACAGUGACACGAACACUUCCACUACCAACAACUUCUCGAUGAUGAAACCAAACUUCAAGCCAUCCGCUUCUCUUAAUCAAUUCGGUUUAUUGAGUCAACCCGGAAGUCUUCUGCAAGGUUCCAGUCAACCCACUAUACCUUCCAUCCAAAGAAUUAUUCCAGCACAAGGACCUAUCAGAGGUGGCAUUGAAGUUACUUUGUUGGGUUUCAACUUCCGUCCUGGUUUGUCGGUUAAGUUUGGUGCUAACCAAGCUUUGGCUACUCACUGUUGGUCUGAGACUACAAUUGUGACCUACUUGCCUCCUGCAACUCAACCAGGUCAAGUCUUGGUUAGCUUUGAAAGCCACGAGGAUAUGAUGUUAGGUAGUGCUCAACAACUGCAAAUUUUCACCUACACCGACGAUACAGACAGACAAUUGAUUGAGUUGGCGUUGCAGAUUGUGGGUUUGAAAAUGAAUGGUAAAUUAGAAGAUGCGAAGAACAUUGCCAGAAGAAUUGUCGGAACUGAUAAUACCGGCGGUGCUGGUAGUGUUUCUGACUCCUCUGCUGUGAAUGGAAACUCUUCUACUUACGAUGGAAAUUCUAUGAACAAAGCUAAUAUUGAAUGGUUUGACAAUGCCCAUAAAGCGGUAGAAGAGUUAACCAAAUCUGAUUUAUCUACCGAAGAGAUACUCAUCAAUUUCCUUUCAUUGGUUGACUUACCAAACUGCCCAAUUAUCAUCCCUAACUGGCAAUUAUGCAACAACCAAGGCCAAUCACUUAUGCAUUUAUCUACAUUGAAGAAUUACUCGAGACUAGUGAAGUUCUUAAUUACUCAUGGAUGCAAGAUUGAUAUCCAAGAUAACCAAGGAUUAACUCCUCUAUUCUUGGCUUCAAUGUGUGGUCACCGUGAUUUGAUUAAACUUUUCAUUGACUGUAAGUCCAAUUGGAACUUGAAAUUGUCUAACGAAAAGUACUUGAAAGAUUACUGUGACUUGAAUGUCUUGGAUAUGUUCAGUCAGUUGGAAGACGAGUGUGAACUGGAAGAUUUUGGCAACGUAGUUGCCAAGGCUUCCAAUAAGGACAAGUUGACUAAAUCACUCAGUUUGGACUCCUUAAACUCCAUGCUUACUAUGAGUUAUGGCCGUCAUAUUUCUAAGAUGGUAAUGGAGCAAUCUGUUGAGCCAAAGCGGUCUGGUGAUUUCGAAAGAUACGACAGGAGUGUUAAUCUUGGGUCAACAUCAUAUGACGAAAGUAACUAUUCAUCCGAGUUUGCUGAUUCAGAAUUUGAAUCCAACGAAGACGAAUUUGAAGAAACUGAUGAUUAUGACGAGGAGUAUGACGAUGAUUACGACAGUGAGUCCAUCCACUCGGAGGUAUCGACCACAAUCUUAAGACGCUCGAUCGUCCCUGAAGACGCAAGUGUUGAAGGGACCGACGAAUCGACCAGUACUUUGAACCAACAAGGUUUAUGGCAAAAGGUGAAGAACGUUUUCAAUCAAGACGAUUCGGAUGCUUUGCCAUCAUACGACGAUUUGUUCCCAUUCGGACCAGCUUCGUUCCAUAGCAAGCCAAAGACCGAGGCAGAAAGAACUUUGAACGAGAGCGUGGCUGUUGGGUCUUCAAGCAGUCACCUCAGAGUGACAGCUGAAGAUGACACCGGAAACACUUCUGACUCUUCUGAAGACUUGGUGAUAUCUUUCAUCAACCAUCCACGUAAAACAGUCGAUAACGAUAAGAUGUUGUUGUUUUUCUGGUUCCCAGUGUUGAUUUGUAUUGUUGGAUGCUUCUUUUUGCUGUCAGUCAUGGGAUACGAGAUUGCCAUGAUUGAGCAUAUCAAGGUUUUUGUCAGAGAUACUAUUGGUAACAUCAUGGUCGGAAGCGAGAGAAUCGCCAGGGUUUUCAACAACAAAGACAAUGCUAGAAGCGUGCUAAAAGCUUCCUACGAAUUAAUGGUUGAAUAA